UCACCUGCUUCACUCUCACCGUAUUUACUUUUAAAAAAGUAAUAAUAGGGGGUCGGGCAGUAGACUUGCUUCACCGCCUGUGAAGCGACUCUCCUCAGGUGGGGAUACAGGGGCUCGAACUGGGAUCCUCACACUGUUCCAUGCGCGCUUAACCCGCUGCGCUACCACCCAACUCCCUCUGUGUUUCUCUUUUAACACUGAAGGUAGUGGACUGCAGGAUUACUAAUUAACUUUGCUAGAGACUUGCUUCCACUCAGGUCCUAGUGGUUUGCAGCAGGUGCAAGUAACGCCCCGUUUAAAGCGGCCCACAGGCCAACUAGAGGCAAUAGGACAACAGAAUCAAGUGCGACUGCUUCUUCUCAGGGAGCAAAGAGAGGCCACCCUCUUCUGGCAGGCAGGACCCUGAUGGCGGCGACGCUGAGGCUGGAGCCUGCGGGCCGCAGCCUGUGGGACGAGCCGCUGCGCAUCUCGGUGGGCGGCCUGGCCCCCCGGCAGCCGGUCACUCUGCGCGCGGCCCUGCGCGACGAGAAGGGCGCGCUCUUCCGCGCCCACGCGCGCUACCUCGCCGACCCCGCCGGCCGGCUGGACCUGGAGCGCGCGCCCGCGCUGGGCGGCAGCUUCGCGGGGCUCGAGCCCAUGGGGCUGCUCUGGGCGCUGCAGCCCGAAAAACCUUUAUGGAGAUUUUUGAAGCGGGACGUGCGAACGCCCUUCGCCCUGGAGCUGGAGGUGCUGGACGGCCACGACCCCGAGCGCGGGCGGCUGCUGGGCCGCGCGGUGCACGAGCGCCACUUCCUGGGGCCCGGGGUGCGGCGGGAGCCGGUGCGGGCCGGCCGGGUGCGCGCCACGCUCUUCCUGCCGCCAGGACCUGGACCUUUCCCGGGGAUCAUUGACCUGUUUGGUCUUGGAGGAGGCCUGCUGGAAUACAGAGCAGCCCUUCUGGCUGGCCAUGGCUUUGCCACAUUGGCUCUAGCUUAUUACAACUAUGAAGAUCUCUCUAAGGAUAUGGACACCAUACACCUGGACUACUUUGAAGAAGCCGUGUGCUACAUGGUCCAGCACUCACAGGUAAAGGGCCCAGGCAUUGGACUUUUGGGCAUUUCUUUAGGGGCUGACAUUUGUCUCUGCAUGGCCUCAUUUUUGAAGAAUAUCUCAGCUACAGUAUCCAUCAAUGGAUCUGGAUCCAGUGGGAACAGAAUCAUAGUCUACAAGGAGACUAGCAUCCCACCCUUGGGCUAUGACCUAAGAAGAACCAAGGAAGAUUUCUCUGGCUUCCUAGACAUUGUGGAUAUUCGGAAUGACAUUGUGGAAGGCCAUGAGAACCCCAGCAUGAUUCCAGUAGAGAAGGCCCAGGGGCCCUUUCUGUUCAUCGCUGGUCAGGAUGACCAUAACUGGAGAAGUGAGUUAUAUGCCCAAAUGAUCUCUGAGCGGUUACAGUUUCAUGGGAAGGAAAAGCCCCAGGUCAUCUCGUACCCGGGGACUGGUCAUUAUAUUGAGCCUCCUUACUUCCCCAUGUGCCCAGCUUCCUUGCACAAACUGUUGAACAAACCUGUGAUCUGGGGUGGGGAGCCCAGGGCCCAUUCAAAGGCCCAGAUAGAUGCUUGGGGGCAUAUUCUAACAUUUUUCCACAAACAUCUUGGGAGCACUCAGAAACCACCUUCCUCCAAAUUGUAAUGAAUUAGUCUGUUGACAGGAGUUUCAAGGUCAGAUUCUUUUUUUUUUUUUAAUAUUUAUUUAUUCCCUGUUGUUGCCCUUGCUGUUUUAUUGUUGCAGUCAUUACUGAUGUCGUUGUUGUUGGAUAGGAGAGAAAUGGAGAGAGAAGGGGAAGACAGAGAGGGGGAGAGAAAGACAGACACCUGCAGACCUGCUUCACCACCUGUGAAGCGACUCCCCUGCAGGUGGGGAGCCGGGGGCUCGAACCGGGGUCCUUACCCGGUCCUUGUGCUUUGCACCACAUGUGCUUAAUCCGCUGCGCCACUGCCCAACUCCUUCAAGGUCAGAUUGUAAUGUUUAAUGACUCAGUGGAACUGAGUGUUCUGUGAAUAAGGUUUAAUUCAAGUAACUGGUAUUAAUGAUGCAUUAGGUAACUUGAAUACAUUGUUUUUUCAUUGAUUUUGCUAAUGUGACAAGCACAUGACAUGACUGUUAUAGAAGAUUCAAGCACAAAAAAAAUGAAGAUUCCCACUGUUAAAAUUGUG